GUGACGGAACGAGCUGCCGGCCGCCGGCGCCCGCAGCCGCUCUAGCCGCGAGUGACGGUCGGACGGCCUCGUGACGCACGUCGUUCGUGACGGACCGUCGCGCUCGGGGACAAUAGCCGGAACCGACGGCACUUGGUGUGCCCGUCCCGGCAGCGUCAGUGUGUGAUAGUGCGUCGUGUCGCGCGGUCACCUCCGCGCCGCGAGGGACCAGCAAUGAAGCUGAAGGCGCUCAAAAAGCUCAGGAACAUCGGCGGUGGACUCGCAUCGUCCACCAACAACAGCAACCGGUACCAGGCCACCAACAACCUACCUCCGCUGCUGUUCCACCCGUGUCACGGCGAGAACAUCCGUCUGAUGAACGGCGGCGCCCGCGCUCAGCGCGUGGACUCCUACUGCAAGGGGAUCGUGUUCAGCAGCCGGCCCGUCCGCAUCAACGAAAAGAUCAUGCUGCGCCUGGCUGAUGUGUCUAACCAGUGGAGCGGCGUGGUGCGUCUGGGCUUCACCAGCGUCGAUCCGCGCACGCACACCCACGGCCUGCCCAAGUACGCCUGUCCUGAUUUGACCAGCAAGCCUGGUUUCUGGGCCAAGGCGAUGUCGGAGCGCUACGCUGAGCCGGGCUGCGUGUUCUUCUACUACGUCACUGCCGGCGGCGAUGUCCACUUCGGCCUCAACAACGAGGAGAAGGGCAUCUUCUUCUCGGGCGUGGACGUGUCGCGCCCGCUCUGGUGUCUGGUGGACAUCUACGGCAACGCCACCGCCCUCGAGAUCGUCCAGCCGCAGCCGGCGCCUCUGCCCGUGCUUCGGCCGACCAACGAGGAGCUGGAGCGAUGGACGCGACCGGCGCUGGCCGCUCUCACCAUCAACGCUCCACCGCCGCACGCGCAGCAGCCUCCGCUGCCUCUGCCGGCUCCGCAGCCGCAGCCGCCGGCGCUGGCCGUCAAGUACCACACCCACUGCGUCUUCUCCCCGCUGCUGCUGCACCCGCGUGUGCGUGGCCGGAACGUGACCGUCUCGCCGGACCGGACCGUAGCUGCUCGCCUCGAGGGCGAGUUCUGUAACGGCUACGUGUUCGGCCAGCGGCCGCUGCGGCUCGGCGAGCGGCUGGUCGUGCAGGUGCUCUCCCGGUGCAGCCUGUACGUGGGCGGUCUGGCGUUCGGCCUGACCUCGUGUGACCCGUCUCGGCUGACGCCCGCUGAGCUGCCCGAUGAUGCUGACCUGCUGUUGGACCGGCCCGAGUACUGGGUGCUGGCGAAGGAUGUGGCACGCACCCCGGCGCCUGGUGACGAGCUCAGCUUCAAGAUCAACGGCACCGGCGCCGUGGAGUUCUCGAGGAACGGCGGCGCGGCUCAGGUGCUGAUGCACGUGGACGCCUCGCUGGACCUGUGGCCGGUGCUGGAUGUGUUCGGCGGCACCGGCCGGAUCCGCGUGCUCGGCGUCACCUCCGAGCUGACGCCGGGCUGCGCGGCCCCUCCGCCGGUGCGCGCUGGCUCCGAGCACAGUCUGCCGGUGCCGGCGCGGCCGAGCCAGCCGCUGCCGCCGCCGCCGGCCGAGCUGCAGCCGGCCGCCGCCGCCGACUGCGCCGUCUGCUUCGAGCGCGCCUCGGACGCGGCGCUCUACUCGUGCGGCCACGUGUGCAUGUGCUACUGCUGCGCCGUGCAGUGGAAGGCGCGCGGUGGUGCAGUGUGCCCCAUUUGCCGGGCGCCCAUCAGGGACGUGAUCAGGCUCUACCGCAGCUAGGACAGGGCGCGGCGGUACAGAGGGACAACUCGGGACAGUAGGUUGGCGAACUCGCGGACCAGACCGACUGUGGGGUACAGAGUUCCGUCUGUAGUCAGGUGUGGCACUGAGCGAUAGUCAGGACGCCAGACGAGCUCCGGCGGCGCCGCAGAGGACAGGUGGCGCCCCCCACCGAGCAGAGAGUGUAAGAUAGUGAGAGCUGUUCUUCCUCUGGACAGAGCAACAGGCAGCUGGGCUUGCACCGCACGGGAACGGGAGUGGAGUUUGGGAAGUGGGAGUUGAUGUGACAAGUUUGUCGGAGGCGUGAUAUGCUAGUCAAACAAUUGCCUCCUUCCUCACUUAGUGUGCGUGUAUGUGUGUUUUCUGUAUACCAUGUAAGUGUUGUUUCUUCGUACAUCUGUCGUUGACUAGACACUUGCUAAUCUGUUUUCUUCUGCAAGGAAACUAUCCCCUGGUUGAUUCUAGUCGUAGCCAAGAAGUUGACAUAUUAUUUAACGCAAGAGUAUAUAUGCACAUCGUGAUUAUGUUGUGUAUUGUGGGCGCACGCAAUACAUUUUCUACGUAAAUGUA